AUGCUGCAGUCACUCCACGACCAAGUGUGCGCUCAGAGCUCCGUCUCCUCCAGGUCCGGACUACACUUAGAUACAAUGAUAGACGAGCUGUUCGCACGCCCUGAAGUCCAUCGCGGACUGGUGCAGUGGCUGCCAGAGGCUCGGGCCCAACAGGACGCAGAGACGCUGGUGGCCGAGCUGCGCGACGACCUUGUGACAGGGGACGGCAACGAGGCCCGCACUACGCUGAACAAGCUCCUGCCUCUGUACAUUGAAGCGCUGCGUGCUCAAGAGGUGCUAGAGCAGUAUAGUGAUACUAGGCUUCCAACCGCGUCGCCUGGCGGGAAGGGCGGCGACAAGAGACUUCUAGGCCACUUGGUUCUGCGCGAGAUGCAGCCAUUCCUCGAGACCAUUCAGAUGGCGUACCAGGAGGUUCUCAGUGAACGGGAUGGAGUGGACGUGAAGGAGACGGCAAAGCGACUGAAGGCGGCGCUGUUCAUGUUUUUAAACACCGCGAACUUCGCUUCUCACAAUCGCGGCAAACUGAGUUACUGCCAGCGAAUUGAGCUCUGUGGGGCGGUGGGAGGUAUGACGGAGACGUUGCCUGUGAUCUUUCAGGUCACCCAGGUAGUUCAAGCGGCGCUGCGGGUGUGUAUUGACAACGCCUCGAGUAGCAGCUGCCAUGGGUGUGACAAGUCGCACAGUGCUUUCGAGGCACUGAAUUACAACCCGCUUGUCAUGACACUCAAGUGCCCAGUUCCCGAGAGCUGCAGACAUGACGCUAUCCACAAGAAAUGCGUUUGCCUUUUCAACCACGGGGAGUACAAAGGCGCUGGCACGCUUCGGUGGUGUAAGAAGAAUUUAUGCAGGAAUCUAUCGAGUUGCUCGGAUCCAAACUGCCUCAGAUCUCACUCGUUAGCUGAAGUUUGCUGGAUGAACCCAAUGUUUCGCACUGCCACCUGCCCCGAAGGGCAGAAGUGUUCCAUGAAGCAGAAUUGCAGCUUGUUUCACCAAGAAUACCAUUCUUACAAGCGAAAAGUGGGGAAGAACGACAAAGUUCCAGUGCAGUUGCCACCAGAGCUAGGUAUGCCUACACGACCGUUCGCAUCGUCGCGUCGCCCUCCAAGCCUGGUUCAGUAUUACCAGCAACAAUUGCGAGCCCAGGCAAGGUUUUCAGGCCCGGAGCAAGCGAAAUAUUCCAAUGUGCUGAAGCACAUGGAACUAUUACCAAAGGCACGAAUGUGUCUUGAUGGCGGACAGUGCGCAAGUGUUGUCGGGGGCGAUGCACAGUUCAACCCGUUAGCGAUAGUGCUCGCAUGCCCUACACCCACAAACUGCCGCGAUGAUUCGAUCCACAAGAACGACCUCUGCGUCUUUUACCAUGGCGACGCUGCUGUUCCAAAGGAUUUCCUCAAGACGAAGAGAUUAUUUUGUGCGGACGCUGCAGAUUGCAAGGACGCACAUUGUGUGAAAACUCACUCUGUGGCGGAAGUAUGCUGGUUCUUCCCGAUUUUCCGGCUUUACAAGUGUCCACAAGAUCAGCAAUGCAAACGAAUGGGCAAUUGCUCGUAUUUUCACGAAGAAUUCCACCCAAAAAGAGGCCAAAGUAUGAACGAAGUCGUCGGAAAAGUGGCAUCCGCCCUAUUCGUCGAGCGUGGAUAUGCUGAGCUGCAGGGGAUCACAGCACCCGCGGCCCCCAUAAUGCUGGAUUCGCAUACCAACGGAGAUGAAGAAAUCGAUGUUGACGAUAGCCGCCAUCUACGCGAGGAACAACCGAAUUCAGAGCUACUUUCCACGGAAGAUGUUCACAGUGACAGUUCGAACCUCAGUGGUUCUGCUGGUGGUGAGGUAGCCGCCCAGUUGUUGAUGGACACAGCAACUUUUACGUUGAUUGGUCACGAAAUAACGCUGGAAGGAUACUCAAGCGACGAGCGCGCCAAAUACGAAAGCGUAUUUGCGCAGAUGCAACAAGUUCCAAGGGCGAGAUUAUGCGCCCAAGGCGAGGACUGUGCCAGUUUGUCAAGUGCGGGCGAUGCAUCAAGUUGUCUGGAGUCCCAUAGUCGACUGGAGGCUCUGGCACUUAACCCAUUAGCUAUGGUGCUGAAAUGCCCGAUCAAUGCUGACGAUCACCAACCUUCGUUGUGCAUUUUUGAUCACGGUAACGAAAGCAUACCGGAUGAUUUUCUCACAGAGAAGAAAUCUCUGUGUGAGGAGCGCGCGCAUUGCACGGACGCCAGGUGUGCAAAGUUGCACUCACUAGCUGAGGUUUGCUGGUUCAACCCGGACUUUCGCGUGAACGUCUGUCCGGAUGAAGACCAGUGCCCGCACAAAUUCAGUUGCAGCGGAUUCCAUGCUGACCGCCACGCGUCCCAACGGAAUGCGGCGAUGAACAACCAAGUUGGGCUCUCCGAAGAAAUUUUGUUCGUUGAGCGCACUUGUACGGAGCUAGCAAAGCGACAAGCGGAGGCGCUGCCUGGCAUCUUCGCCUGGCUCCGACACCAGGUCGUGUCGAAAAUGCCUGGCUCCGACUUGAGUUCAAAUCCCCCAAAGUAA